GAUAAGACCUUUCCAUUAAAGACGGACAUGACCAAUUCCUGGACAACAUCUUCACGCACCACGAUCACGUAGCCUUUUGGGAGGGAGUAUAGUAUAACCAUCUGCAAUAACACAACACAUCUGCCCUGUUUUUCAAUCCUAACCGCCACAAUUUGAAAUGCACGUUUCCUUUAUUUAUAGCAACCAAUAAUUGCCAAUUACACCACGUUUUCUUCUGAAUAAAAACUACCCACUACUUGCUUUAACCAUAUAAUUCUCUUCUAUGAUCAAUCAUAGCCUAUAUUGCACUUGAUUGAACGGACAUUGCUUCUCACAUUCUCUUAUCAGUAAGGCUUUUGGACCUUUCCAGGAGAGUAAAAUGAAGAAGACUAAGAUGAUGGCAUCUGCUGUGCAUCUCUUUUCUAGUUGUUUUCCAGUCUUUCUAGCAUGCAUGAACGGUUUGGCUGAUGCAGCAAGGGUUUUCAAAGUGGGGGAUGAGUUGGGUUGGCAAGAGCCUGGGGGCAACAACACUGCAGUGUAUACCCAAUGGGCUGAAAGGAACAGAUUUCAAGUUGGAGAUUCUCUUUCAUUCGUGUACAAGAAUGACUCUGUUAUUCAAGUUGACAAAUGGGGUUAUUACCACUGCAACGACAGCAACCCUAUUGUUGCCUUCAACAAUGGGAGGAGUAUUUUCAAUCUUGACAGGCCAGGACCUUUCUACUUUAUUAGUGGAGACCCUGGUCACUGCAGAAAUGGCCAGCAUUUGAUUGUAGAAGUGAUGGGACUGCAUCACCAAAGAUCACAUUCUCCCCCAUCCAUUGCAAAUCCACCUGAAUCUUACUCUGCACCAUCACCACAGCCAAGUUCAGGAGCAGUAGUGUCAGUUAGACUUGUUUCACUCCUAGUGGUUCUGCUUGCCACCUUAGUAGCUUUACUGUUGUCACCUAAAACAAUUCUUUGUUGA